GUUAAAGCAUAUAUCCUGCUGGAUCAGUCUUCAUUUUCCCACUUUCUGAAAAUGUGCAAGGAUCUGGGGGUUGACCUUGAACAGGAGAAGCUGAUGAGAAUUCGGAAUAUCACUGGGAAGACAUACUACACAAGGUCAGGUGUCAAAAUUGUUGGAAAAGUCCGUGAGAAGUUCAUGUUAAUUGAUGGCAUUAGAGUGACAACAGGCUCCUACAGUUUUACGUGGACAGAUGGGAAGCUGAACAGCAGCAACAUUUUGAUCCUGUCAGGCCCUGCAGUUGCACACUUUGACCUGGAAUUUCGGAUUCUUUACGCACGGUCCAAGCCUAUUAACCUCAAAGAGUUCUCCAGCUGCAAGAAGAAUGAGAUGUUGGACCAACUGGUCAGGAUAACAGUGGCUUCCAGAGACUUGUCCAGGGAAAACUUCCUGCGAAUGGAGUUUUUGUAUCUUAGAGCAUUUGUAGGAAAUCUCAAAAGGAAGAGAAGCUGGCUGCACGCCUCCAGAGAGGCAGUCUACGUGUCAAAUAAUGUAAUGCAUACUUCUCCUCCACUGACUAAGAGGAAUGGCUCUCUAGUGAUGAGGCCACACUGGAUCGUGGAGAGAUGAACUGCAUGUUCACUAGAGAGAGAAGCAGAACCUCAGGAGCCACGUCCAGCCGUCCACGUUCAGUUCUGACUCACAGUGUGCUUGUGAGAGCAGCUGGGAAACCUCCAGCUGAGAGAAAGUGAUACUGCAAUUGUGGUUUCAUUUGAAGACCAUGAUUACACAGAUCAAAAGAGACAGUUACGGUUUUGUCUUA